AUGGACAUUGUCUGUAGCAACACCUUGCCGCAAUCCGCGGGAGCUUCCAAAUGCUCUCCAUCACAUGGUAUCCAAUGGAUCCGGUAGGUCGGAAUGGUACUCUGCUCUAACGAAUGAUUACCUAUGAACAUAUACUAUGAAGGGCGCGUACACAUAGGACAUACAUAAUAUACAUACGGGCCCCGAGAGAGGUAGUAUAGAGGUCUCUGCACUCUAAGUCCAUACUACGAGUUUAGUUCUUUGAUCGCUAUAUUUCACUCUCUGCUCUCCACAUCAUGGGUUCUCAAUACACUGUCCAGGCUGAAGCCAAGCAUCUCCUCGAGCGUCUCUUGAACGAUCCCAAACUUUAUGUCAAUCCCGAGGUAAAGGCAGCGGCGGAAAGGGUCGAGUUUACUGGAUACGCCAACCCGUGGCUCCCGGUUCCUGUCAAGUUCAGCGAAUCCAUCUCGACCAUCUCAGCGUUUGUUGGCGCAAGCGCUGCUGCUGUGGCAGAGGACCGCUAUGGAAUCAAGCAGGGUAUCAGAGUGAACACUGAUCAUGCCUCCGUUUUCCUCUUCGGGUUCUUCCUGCCAAACAUCGAUGGCAAGGUAGUUAUGGCAGCAUCGAAGGUCGUUGCGGACAACAUAGGAGAGGCGGAUAAAAACGACCUUUUCAAGCCGAUCCACAGAGCCAGUACGAACCAAUACAGGACGAAAGACGGACGGUAUUAUCAUACACACGGAUCAAUGAAUGCGAAAACCCUCAUGAGGAUGUUCAACAUUCCCGAGCAGGAUGUCACUGUCGAGGAGGCCAAAAAAAUAUAUGCAGACAAGGUAGCUCAGUAUGAUGCCUGGCUCGACCACCUCGAGAACGAGGUCCAUCGUCAGGCAGGAACUAUUUGUUAUACACCAGAAGAGUUCUUCAACACAGAACAUGGCAAGAUUGCAGCUCAAGAACCCAUCGCCGGCGUUGAAGAAUUGCCAGCACCUCAAAAGCCUUGGCCAUACCCGACCCAUGAGUCCGAUUUUCGACCUCUCGAUGGCAUCCGGGUAGUCGACCUGUCUCGUGCCGUUGCAGCUCCCACAGUCUCCAAAGUCUUGGCUGCCCUUGGCGCAGAUGUCAUCAAGCGGGACGUCAGUAUCGACUUGAAGACGGAAGAGGGCAAGGCACUUUUCCGCACGAUCAUCAGAGACGCGGACGUUCUUGUCGACGGCUACCGACCUCAUGCCAUUGAGAAGUUGGGUUUUGCCUCAAAGUCACUGCGAGACCUCAAUCCCUCUCUGAUCUACGUCCGAGAAGACUGCUACGGUUACAACGGUCCGUGGGCUCACCGCUCUGGCUGGCAGCAGAUUGCUGAUUGUACCGUCGGUCUUGCGAUGAUGACGGGUGAAUUCCUGGGUCUGAAUGAACCCAUUCAGCCGCUCCUUCCGAAUGCGGACUACCAGACUGGCGUCCUAGGUGCGGGCUUGGUCAUCCAAGCUUUGAUGAAACGCACCAAAGCGCCUGUCACUUUCGAUAUCGACCUGUCUUUGUGUCAUUACAACAUCUGGUUGUACCGCGCGGGGCCCUACGCCUCGGAGCAACAGGCUUCUAUCCGUGCCCUUCACCCCAACUUCAAGCCUCGUCACACUACUGACCUACCGGAAAUUGCUGGCAUGUUGAUGGAAUCUCUGAAGACAGCUCGACCGGGCCUCUUCGAAAACCCGGAUUUCUAUGAACAGAUCUCGGGAAAGGAGUGGGGCGACACGCGCCCCAUCAAUGUUAUCGGCGCUCCUUUCAAGCUCACAAAAUCCACUGUGGGCUUCUUGGUUCCCUCUGGAAGACGCGGCUGGUCCAACGACAACCCUACUUGAAUUACCACUGUCGUGUGAGAUUGACAUUUGAGCCCUUGUCACAAAUGCCUAGGAUCUUACUCACUCGUUGUUGGGCGCGG